AUGUUUUUAAAAGCAACAAGAACGAAGAAGCACGGAAAGAUGGUUCUGUCUGGCGUUGGAGAGGCUGUCGACAAAAUCGAUGACCUGACAAAUGGGUUGCUCAACCUAAGCCAGCUGCAUGCUUUCCAGCUGCGUGUUGACCCGGCCAACUUCAAGAUCCUAUCCCACAAUUUGCUUGUGAUUCUGGCCCUCCUGUUCCCCGCUGACUUUACUCCUGAGAUACAUGUGGCUAUGGAUAAGUUUCUCGCUGCCGUGUCCCUGGCUCUCUCCGAGAAGUACAGAUAAGAAGUUCUGCAGGCCAAAGAACAGAGACACCCACACGCACAAUAUUUCUUUCUCAGAUCUAGUAAUUGUCCUCGUUUGAUCUAAAUAAAAAACAAUAUGAUUUUUGCCUGUCAUUAAACAUGUUAUGUGUCUUCUAUGAAACUUUGUAUUUAAGUAUUAAUGUGUGGUUGUAUUAGAUUCACAACAAAAACAAGUUGAUAGUGGUAGUGGAGGGAAAAGUAAACGAACAUAUAAUAUUUUUAUGUAACACGAAUGCCAUAGGUUUAACACACACAGGACUAACAAAUGUGAAGCGUGUUCAGUUAAAAGAGGUGUUGUCAUCCCAUUGUGAUUUACAUUUAUUAUUAAACUUGGAUAUAACUGACCUUUAAUCCAAAUUCACAUUUUAUUAUAGUCCAAACACAGCCUGCUUCAGCACACAUUAAUUGAAACCCCUUGAGUUCCGCCAAGAUGAUAAUGAUUUAAACUGAACAAAUAACUUUAACAACACGGUCUCACUCCCAACUGUCAGGACUUCCCCUUUAAGCAGCAUGCUGUGGAGCAUGUGAGCGCGCGUGCACGAGCAAGGUGCACGAGCACCUGCUUUUCCCUUGUUGACAAUCGUGACAUUUCGACACGUGUAUUUGUUUAUGUUAUGUCUUCUCCCCGUUCUGUCAUUGGUUGUUGUUUCACGUGUGUCUGAAUUGCCCUCAGCCGUCAGCUAUUACGGCGCUAAUUAUGUUUGUAUAAAUAUUGGGCGCCUCCCAGCACACAACGCGGAAUAUUAGAUAUAGUAGAAUACGUCCGAGUCCGAGUCCCUCGCCAUUGUUUAUGUUUCCUGUUUUGUGUCUCGACCCUGUAUCCCGUGACCGCGACCUUGAUUCCUGCCUAGCCUGUAUGCCUGUUUGCCGAUCGCCUGACCUCUUACAUGUUUGUGGAUUAGGUUUUUUGGAUCACGUUUUGGAUUUACCUGUCUGUGCGUCUCUUAAAUAAAACCUGUUCAAACUGCGUUUGUAUCCGUCCUAUCUCCGUUACGUCACGAAAUGUGACAGAAUAUUCCGCUGAAACAUGGAUGCAGCAGGAGAACGGAGAAAACGCAGAAUCCUGAAGUCACCGUCAACCGUCCCCUAUAGACUCAGUCCAAUUCCCACAAUGGACAUUUAUGGAGCUUCCUGAUCCAUUUGACAUCCGAUUCGUGUUCUUUGGACCGGCCCAUCAGUGGGUGCAGCUCCUACUGGAUAAGCACUGUAGGAACCUGGACAGUGUAGAACAGUUUGCAGGGGAGUUCAU